UCUUUUUUAAAUUCAAUAUGGUCAUGAAAAGACAAUCAGUGCCAUCGUACUGUAACAAAAUAAAAUAUUUUUCCAUUUUGUAAAAGAGGAAAUCUAUCACAUAUAAUCUCUAAUCAAUUAAUUAACACAUUGAACGCCGUAGUGGUCACCGGUGACCGACGUUAGCGGAGGAUUUGCCUUCAACAGUUUUCUAUUGGCAGUCAAAGACUUAAAUGAGUUUAUGAACAAUAUUUAAGCUUGAACUGUGGAUGUGAGAUUGAGGUUUUAGUGAAAACUGACUUUUUAUUGAAGGGACAUUUUGAGAACCACAAUGAAAUUAGCUGCUGUAGUAUUCCUAUUUAUUUUAGACGUCGUAGUAAGUAUUACAUUGCGCAAGGAAUGUCCCAACGGCGAGGUGCACAGGUCCUGUGAGUUCACGAUGGAGUACACGUGCUGGGUGCGCAGGGAUCGCAUGGAGAGAGUCAAGACUCCAGCGAAACGGCUAGCACACUGCAGAGCUGGGUGUUAUUGCAAGAAAGGUUUAGUGCGAGAAUAUCCCGGCGGUCCCUGCAUUGCUGCUGCUGGUUGCCGCAACCGUAAACUGCAGUCUGUGCUGAAGAACCUACCCACGGGAUCACAGUUCGGAUUCAGAACUGCUUGUUAAGAAAUUAAAGAAGAUAUUAUUAUGUUCAUCGGGUGUUUGGUUACUGUACU